AGUGAAGUACCGAACGAUGCAGCUGAGCUGAUGACACAUUCAUUAGUUUAUACUUCGAAUUAGACGAAUUAGUGUUAGUUUACCUAAAUAAAACGUUAAAUUUACCCAAAUAUCAGUGUUAGUGAUUCUAUUAUUCAUACACGAUGUGGGAUCCAACGCACGUUCAAGUAACGGUGCAAAGAGCCCGUGGACUACUAAUUAAAGGUAAAAACGGUACUAACAAAUGUUUUGUUACCAUUGCCCUCGGCAAAGAAAAAUUCCAAACAUCCGUCAAGCACAAAGCCACCGAGAAUGUAGAGUGGCUUGAGGAAUGCGAGUUGCGUAUACCGACUCAGGGUAACACUGCAGAAAUUGUUUUGAAAGUGUAUGAUGAAGACAUUGUUAAAGAUCAUUUACUAGGUCAAAUAUCGAUUCCGUUAAAAGACCUCGAUGUUUAUGAGAGGCCUAGAAACCGUUGGUAUACUUUGCAAGGCAAGCCAGGAAAGGAAAAUGACAAAAAUAGAGGAGAGUUAGAGGUCAAGAUUGCUUUUACUGUAAAGGAGGGCAGUUUGACUGACCUCAGCAAGAAAGACAAACAUAGGUCAUCUUUAUCGAGCAUCGCCCAAAACGUAGGCGGGAGUCUUAUGAGCAUUGGUAGUAUCGAAAAACGCAAAGGCUUAAAAAAAUUUGCUAAGAACUUAGGAUCAAAAAUGAAUUUAAGCAAAAAAGAUAAGAAGAGUGAUUCAUCAUCUCUAAGUGGUAGCAUUGGAAAUCUGAAAAACUCAGCACUGUCCACACCAGACCACUCUACCCCCAAGAGUUAUGAACCAAGACAGUUAUCAACAGAGGCAGACCCUGGAGUCAUUAGUGAGGAUGAAGAUGAAUUUGCUUUUGAUGACUUGUCCCACAAAAGUUCUGGCAGUUCCCUCAAUGUGAAUACACUACCACGAGGACACAAAUACAUACCUUCCCCUAUGAAUGCUUCUCUUGAAAAUCUGGGAGGUGGGGAGUUUUUGAGAAGAUCUACUAGUAGUAACUUAGUAAACUCUGACAAGUCUGUCCCAGUGCCUCAAAAACCUGUGCGACUGAAUCUUGAUACAUUUACUCCUCCGAGGCCACCUUCCCAAAUAAUUGACAAGGAUGAUGAAUGGUCCCAAAAGCUUUACUCUAAAAGGCAUACUGUCAGCCAAAUUAUGCUUGACAAGGAAAAAUCUACAAGCCUUGAAAGAAAUAAAAAACUUGACAGUCCAAGCUCUUUAAAAGAAAAACCCAGUCCAAAAUUCUUUAAAAAAUUUGGUAGCAACAAUAAACCUAAAAAGUUGCUUGAAGAAAGAAUUAUUGUUGGAGAAGAAAAUAUUGUAGAAGAAGACUCCAUCAAUCCUGUAUACAACAGCAUACCCAAGGCAGUCCUGCAGCAACUGGAAGGCAAGUCCAAAGAAGAUCUGAUUGUAAUGGUGUACAACAUGCAAAGAGAUGUUGAAACAGAAAAGAAGAAAACCAAAGAUUUGGAAAAUUAUUUGGAUGAGCUACUUUUGAGAGUGAUGGAAACAACUCCGAGAAUCUUGCAAAACCCUUACUCCAGAAAUAACAGCAUGCACAUAAGGAAUAAGUAAUUUGUGUCCAAAUCAUAGAUGGACAUGUUUUUGAUAAAUUAUUUUCAUUGUUUAAUAUAUUUUUUUAAAGAACCUAUUGAAUUGAAUUGUGAGAAAUAUUAUGCUAGCCUUAUUGUUUUUUCCAAUAUAAAAGCCCAUUGUUCUAGGUUUUGUCCAUGAAUACUACAGCCACUACAGGUAUUUUAAGCAAGAGAAUGGCAUGAGUAUUUUCUAGAAUUUAAAUUAAGCCUUGUCUAAUAGGUUAAUGCUCAACUUUCACCAUGUGAAUGAGUGCUAACAGGCUGGUCUAAUGUAUCUAUGUGCCUUACAUGUUUGAAAAAGUCUGUGAUAUUAAUUGGUUAAAAAUCAAUUUUCCUUUAUUUUAUUAAAUAUGGUCAAUUAUUUACAUAACUACUUAAGAAAUAAAUAUAUUUUCCAUUUUUAGUGCCAAACUCACACCAUCCACUUAAAUUAUUUCUAAAAUUUAUUUUACAGUCUGUUGUUCCGAUCUUGAAUGUGUGAAAUGUAGGGUUUUUCAAACAUGAUUUUUUAUUAUUAUUUCAUAGUUUGUAAGAUAAAGUGAAUGUAUCCACUUCUAUUCUUGUAUUACCUUAAUUUAAGAUACAAUAGACUUCUAUUUAUAAGAUGCCAGUGUGCAAUAUCUGUGUAGGGUUAAGCAUUCUAAGUAGAUGCACACUACUUCUAAAAGACUAAUUGAUUAUUUAAAACUAGAUCUUUAAUUAUAUAUCUAAGUCUAUGGUCCAACAUAUAACUUACAAAGCUUAUUAACAAGUUACAAGUUGAUCCUCCUUUAUAGGUAUGUAACUUGGUAUAAAUUUUAUCAUUUCCUAUACAGUUUUUUUCAUAGUAAAAUAAAAUAUUUCCAUACAAUAAGAUUAUCUGUAAUUACGAUCUAAUCAAUCUCUCUACUAAUGUUGUAUAUCAGCAGGAUAAAGAGCAUAAACAACGCAAUUCCGAUUGUCGUACUGAAUGAUUUUGAUAGCAAAAUUGUUGCUUAAAAGCCAUGUAGGCAGUUGUAAAUCCUUGGUUGAUUUUAUUAUUUUUGCAAUACUGUAUUACCUCUAAGGUUUUUUUUUGGUUUGUGAUAAUUUUGUUCAAAAGACAAAUGGAACAAAAUAUAAGUGUAGGUUGUAUUUCACUCAUAGUUAUUAAUACAUGACUUAUGAGAGUAUUUAAUUAAUGGCUGUAUGAAAGUGCAAAAACAUGAGUAACAGCCACAAUUAAUUAUUUAUUUUUGAUUAUUAACAAAUUGUUUCAUUUUUU